AGGGGAAGAAAAAAGAGGAAGGAAAAAAAAGAAAAAAGGAAAAAUAGCGCAGUUAUUCCCGCCUCUGCCUCCUCCUCUCUCUCCUCCCCGGCCCGGCAGGAGCCACGUCACCGUCACCCAGCGCUGCCUUCGGGCUGCUCAGCCUGGAGAGCUCUCCGGGACACGAACUCCAACUUUCCGCCCAAAGCAGCGAGAGCAAGGCCUGGGCUGCGAGAGGGAGAAUCCACCUCGGUGGAAAAGCAAACAAGGGAGACAUCCAGCCUGGCAGGGGAAAGGCAUCAGCAGCCACGGGGCAGGGGAGACUGAACUUUGUGCUGCGAGAAGGAAGAGCUCCGUGCUCGGGGAAAAAGGAAAGUUGAGCCGAAGGAGACCGUUCAUUCAGCCGAGGCUCGGCGGAGAAAAGCUCCCUGCCCUCGCCCUCCCUGCCCGCAGAAAGAGCCCCCCGGCACCAUGAACAUCUUCCGCAUCCUGGGGGAUGUCUCCCACUUGCUGGCCAUCAUUAUUCUCCUGCUGAAGAUCGUGAAGUCCAAGUCCUGUGCUGGGAUCUCUGGGAAGAGCCAGAUACUUUUUGCCCUCGUCUUCACAACCCGCUACCUGGACCUGUUCACGAAUUUCAUCUCUGUCUAUAACACUGUGAUGAAGGUCAUUUUUUUGAUUUGUGCCUACGUCACCGUGUACAUGAUCUACGUGAAAUUCCGGAAGACAUUUGACAGUGAGAACGACUCCUUUCGCCUCGAGUUCCUGCUGGUCCCUGUCACAGGCCUGUCAUUUCUGGAGAAUCACAGCUUCACCCCCUUGGAGAUACUCUGGACCUUCUCCAUCUACCUGGAGUCCGUGGCUAUCCUUCCUCAGCUCUUCAUGAUCAGCAAGACAGGGGAAGCAGAGACCAUCACGACACACUACCUUUUCUUCCUGGGCCUCUACCGUGCCCUCUACAUUGCCAACUGGGUCUGGCGCUACCACACAGAGAAUUUCUACGACCAGAUCGCCGUCGUUUCCGGGGUGGUACAAACCAUCUUCUACUGCGACUUCUUCUAUCUCUACGUCACCAAAGUCCUAAAAGGAAAGAAGCUAAGUCUUCCCAUGCCUGUUUGAAGACAUCCCACAGGCAGCGCAAGGAAUUCCAAAGACGAAGCUGUUUAAGAUCACAGCUUUCCUUCCCUGACCCUUUUUGACUAAAGGAUGGCUCAGCUGAGUUUCAACCCUGUGCCAGGACGACAGGGCUUGGAAUGCUUUUCAUCCAUCAGACUCUUCCCCUCCAUUUUUUUAUUUCUUCUCACUUGAAUUUGGUGCUAGUGCUGGCCAAUACUGGCCAAUACUGAAGUAGUGCAAUUUCUUCUCUCCCAGCUCUUCCCAGCUAUAUUCAAAACACACCUCCACCCUGACCCUGAGGCAGCACAAGGGAAAAUGUCACUCCCACUAGUCCUUCAGCAAGUGCCCAUGGUAAAGGGAACAUGUAACACCCUUUAAUAAAAUGUGUUAACUGACCCAUUUCACAGGUGGCCAUGUCUGACACAGCAGAUGCUACAAAUUGUUACUUUAACUCUGCAUGAACUAACACCCUCUUGAAAGUUUAUUCUGCUUGACCCUCUCUCUAUCCCUGUAGAAUAGGCCCUGUAACAUUCAAGAAAAACACAUUGCCUUUGAAUAAAAUGAAUCUUCUAAUUCCACAAGUAUUCAAACAUCCUCCCCACUCACUUAUUUUCAGUUUCCUUAUGUUCUACAAACAGGGACAAUUUCAAUUACAAUUAAAGCGGUUGCCAAGAAGUGUUUCCACCUCCUUGAAUUUGACUUCUAAGAACUGGGAAGAACAGGGGCAAAGACAGCUUUCCAUUCCAAAAAUAAAGACAAAGUUCACAAUUUAUUGACAACAGUGUUUUUAUUUAUACCUACAAAAGAAAACAAGAUGGUAUCAAAAGGACAAUUUACAAACUAAGAAUAGUAACAUAGCUCUUAGUAUCCUGUGCCUCAACACCACAGAUCUAUGAAUCUCUCAAUUCAAGUCUUCAUUAAUACAACAGGAAUGUGUUCAGAGACCAGCAGGUGUGUGAAACAAGAUGCUGAUCCCACACAAAGCUAGUAACUCUUCCAUUGUUCAGAGAAAUCCAAACAGUAAAUUGCUUCAGGAAGUGGGAGGGGAGGAGACACCCAGCUCAGAUACCUGACACUCCCACAAACUUUUUACAGAUUAAAAACAACACAAACAACACUAGAGGCUAAUGCUUUAUCCACAAGGGCCCUCCAGCUGGUACAUGGAGCAGAGCAGAGCACCGGAUGGGACGGGGGCAGCACGUGCCACGGUGCAUUCAGCGGUCUGGCUGACACUGAACUGAACCGAGACCCUGGACUUCAGCUGACCUCAAUGGCAACAAAGCACUGCAAGACUUGGCAUUGAUGUUUACACACGCACAAGUCACCCCAAAAGUGAAAGCUGUAACAGACUGUAAGGCAGCUUUGGUGGUCCAGAGACCCUUUUUACCAGUCAGUGAAAUGUCCUACUCCUACACCCCUCAAAUGCAUUUCUGCAUUCUCCUCUCAAAAAAAAAAAGCUCUACAUUUGCUUGCAAGGGAGGCCAAAGACCUAUCAGUCAGUGCCUGGAUAAACAAAAUAUUUCUGGCUUUCACUUAACACAAGCAAAGGAACUUCCUGCCCAUGCACUGGAAAUAUAAAAUGGAACCAGGGAACUGAGGUUCUGGAAGCAAUCUCCCUUCUCCCUGUCAGCAACCUACCUGUGUACUGCACCAAAAAAAAAAAAAAAAAAAGAAAAAAAAAAGAAAAA